AUGGAGGACAACGAACAUCGCAUAUAUUUAGACGCCAUUAAUUUCAGGGGGAAAUGCUACGAUGUUAUAGAUGAAUGGAAUUCAUCUAACAACGAUUCAAACACGAUUGAAAAAUACUCGAUACUUUCGGAAAAAAGUAACGAGUCGCCAAACGCCGCCAGCAGUUCAAAAUCAAAAACGAAAAUUAUAAACGAUGUAAAAAAAUUAGAUCAAAGCAAUCACAUGAACGUGGCACAAGAAACGAAAAACUUUGGGAAAAAAAAUUUAACGGAUCAACAACCGCAAUUGAUCGAAAUGAAAAGAGAAAAAAAUUUAAAAGUUCAAUCGUUUAUACGAAAUUUAGGAAUAAGAUUAAUGAAAACGUUUCAUUUUAAAAAAUCAUGA